AUGGUUGGAGAAGUGCAGCUGGAUUUAGGAGCAUUAAUUAACCGCGGCGUCUCUGAGUGGCUCGUUGAGCUGUGCCACCGAAUAGGCGGCAUUAGCAGGACCUCCCCGAGUGGAAACGAGCACCUGUGCUCUCCUGUCAUACAUCCACUCUUCCCUCUCCUGGCGCUGCUGUUUGAGAAGUGCGAACAGGCCACGCAGGGAUCCGAAUGCAUCACGUCCGCCAGCUUUGACGUAGACAUCGAAAACUUUGUCCACCAGCAAGAGCGAGAACACAAGCCCUUCUUCAGCGAGGACCCGGAGCUGGACAACCUGAUGGUGAAGGCCAUUCAGGUGUUGCGGAUUCACCUGCUGGAGCUGGAGAAGGUCAAUGAGCUCUGCAAGGAUUUCUGCAACCGCUACAUCACCUGCCUCAAGACCAAGAUGCACAGCGACAACCUCCUCCGAAACGACCUCGGGGGGCCCUACUCCCCAACUCACACCAGUCUCAGCAUGCAGCAGGAACUAAUUCAGACCUCCUCUCCAUCCAUGACCUCUGUCUCCAGCUCCGUUAACCCUUCGGGGAUUGUGGUGCCCUCUGGAGGCCUGCAACAGGGCAAUGUCGCCAUGACUACCAUCAACUCGCAAAUGGUAUCA